CUCUUUCCUUCUCUCUUCUCUAUUCUCUUCUCUUCUCUUCCCUUUCGUGGAUUCUAUGGCCCACGGUUUCGCUCCCUCUCGUGUACAGGCGCCCUUCUCCCUUCUUACUCCAACCCCGCGAUCUCUCCAACUCGGCGCGGUGCGGCAAGAUGCUAACCCAUCUAUCGAUGUCCGCGCUCAUUCUCGACGCGGACGCCAUGUAGUGCAUAGGACGGAAGUAUGAUUAUCAAACAGAGGUGCUGAUCAUACGUGAUCAUGAGAAUCUCUUCCUUCCAGCGACAGUGAACGCGAGUCUCCGGAAGCCUUUGUAUUCUCGCCAACAUAUUCUCGAAUGUAUUUCCGUUUUGGAAAUCAACGCGGAAUUGUCCAGUGGUUGUGUAAAUUACAUGAUUCAUUUGAAUCGUUGUUGGUUGCAAGUGAAGGAAAGUGAAGAGUGAAAAGUCUUCAGUCGAAUUGAGUGCGUCGCAAAGUUUCGAUGGAAUCUUCUUUAUUUCGUUUGCAAAUAUUGAAUAUUUGAAACGUUUUCUUGUAGAGAAAAUAUAGCAAACGUUAAUUGUGUCUUGUGCGUAUCAUUGACAAUUUAAUACAUAAGACAUAUUGAUUCUGACAACCUUGCAUCGAUAUUAAAGCCGCGUCAAUUGCGGUUAUCAUUCGUCUAAAAAGGGCACUGGAUCAAUAUUUAAUCACUAAUUGAUUGAAAGUCCACCGUGUGUUCAACAUAAACGAUUUGGUGAUUGUUGUUAGUGAAAUCGAGUUUGAAAUCAAAACUUCAAUUAUGAUUUGAUCAUAUAUGCAACAUGCAGUACGUAGAUCAACGUUUUAAUGAGGAACAAAAGUGCAUCAAUCGAUAGCAAUAAAAUAUCGAUAAAAAACAUAAUUAUGAAUAAAUGAUAAAUACGGAUAAAUUAUUAAAACCUAAGUGCCUUUAAUCUCUAGUGAGAUUUCUCUCGUUUUUUAAUAAUGUUAUUAUUGUAUAUAUAAAAGACAUAACGUUAAAUGUGUGUAUUGUUGGAGAAUUUCACCUUUAUGGCAAACAUCAUACUAGUUUCAUCGAGAGUCACAGUUUAAUCUUUGGUUGGAGCAAAAUUGCGUGGCGUUUCGAUGGUAGUUUACACGUUUCAAGAGUGAUCCUGUAAACCGGAAAUAAACGAAUUGUGUCAUUAAAAAGCAUUCGCUGAAACAAACAUAAUGGCGACUAUGGGGGUAACAGUGUUCUGCAAUAGAGUACAAAUAAAUGGCAACGAUCAGGAGCAAUUGAUGUUGCUGCGGACGCUGCAAGAUAACGAGAACAAUAUUAUCGGUAAUCAAUCGACGCUGAUUGUUCCGAAAAACAACAGCGGCGGUAACGCAGCGAGUUCCGCGACCGUGUUACCCCCCUACGACCCUUCCAGAUUGAAGAAGCACGGCAAGAACGGUCAACCGCCGCCUGUUGCCGUUGCUCGAAGAAAUGCCAGGGAGAGAAAUCGCGUGAAACAAGUAAACAACGGAUUUGCCACGUUGAGACAACACAUUCCGAGCCAUAUUGCCGCAGGUUACGGAGACAGGGGUAAGAAGUUAUCCAAGGUGGAGACUCUUAGGAUGGCCGUCGAAUACAUCAGAGGCCUUCAGAGGCUCCUGGCUGAAGCUGACGGCGUCGAAUACGAUUCCAAGAUCUCUACCGGUGCACAGUGUGCACCUUCUCCAACUAGUAGCGUUAUCUCUUCGAGUCAUAACGGCUCCGGCGAGAGACUCAUUCUCGAGGACGACAUGUUAGCCGCGGAAGACGACGAAGCGGAACAACUGGAUGAAGAAGAGGACGGAAGUAAUGUCAAAUCGAAAAUUACGUUGUCCAGAUUAUCACCUAAUCGACCUACCAUCUCAUCCCCACGUGACUAUUACGCAUCUUCAGCAGGCGAUGAGGAAAAUUUGGAGCCACGAAACGUAACCGGUGGACAGAAUUUCUCCAGGCUAUCGCCAAAUUCUGUGGCCUCGCCGCCGUCGGAAUAUUAUGCACAGAACGAGGAGAAUCUCGAGCCACAGAUUCUUUCACCGUACAGCGGCGCCGGGGAUAGCGAGGAGGGUGCGACGACUGUAUACGCGACCAGUCCGGAGACCUUCGCCGGGGCCCUUUACUACAAGCAAGAGAUCACCGAGACGGGGGAAUUCAUGGACGUCGUCAGCUGGUGGGAACAGGAACAGGGUAGACUUGUUCAUCAACAGCACACGCAACGGCUGACGCACGUGUAA